UAUAUCAUAAUUAUUAACUUAUGGUCAACAAAAUUGUUUUUGUUUUACAAAUAUUUAGCAUAAUUAAUUGGUUAUUUAUGGUUUAAUAUGCUAAUGAUUAAGAUAUCUAAUUUGUAUUUAUAGAUUGUGCUUGUUCUUGGUACCAAGCUUGGAGUGAUUGUGGCAAGGAUGGCUCAUACACUUGAUGAAAAGGAUAAUGUUAUCAUGGGAAGUCCUUUGGUACAACCAAAUGAUAACCUUUUUUGGUUUGGUCACCCCAAAUUCGUCUUGACCCUCUUGCAUUUAACUUUAUUUAUGAACUCUUUCGAGUUAGCUUUCUUUGUUUGGGUCACGAUCGACACAGAGUUCAUUGAAGUCAUAGCAUUCAGGCAUGUUCACAAUGUGGCUUUUGAAAAAUCAGAUUUAUUCUUCAUUUGUAUGCUUAGGCCCCUAUAAACUUAGAUAGUAGUUGAUGAUCUUGAAAUUCAAGUAGCCAAGG